GACUGCUCAUGAACACGUACAAGGUUUCAAGGUUUCAUCCGUGUCAAACUUCUCUUUUUUUGGAGUCCGAAAUUUUAACAGGUUUUGGACUUCAAUAGAGAAAAUGAUUCGAUAUUAGAGUCAUUCUAAUUAUAAUCUUUGAUAGCCUGUCUUUCGUAGAUAUUUUGAAUGUGGUUUCAGUUUAUGCGAUUCUCUCGCAAGUUUCGGCUGGAUUGAUGGACAUUUAAAUUAAAUAUUUAAUGAACAUCAUUUUGGGCAUGGUGUUGGUUUCGUGAACAUUGAGCAUGUUCAGUGCUUGAUCCGAAAGUAGAAAUCAGUUAUGUCUGGGUGCGACUGCAGUCGACGAGACAUUCGCCCUACUUGGGGUUGGUUGGUGGUCCUUGGCGCAUUCAUCGUCAACCUCGCCUGUAUUGGGACCCUCAAAUCAUUUGGAGUUCUCUUACCACACCUGGUAACCAAUCUUCAAGCUGAUACUUCAAUGAUUGGGCUAGCAGUCGGCCUGUCUCACGGGUUGUCUGUCGGUUUCGCCAUUGUCACCAACCAGCUCUUGAAGAAGAUCAGUGCAAGAAAACUUAUCCUCUUUGGUGGAUUUAUAGCGGGUGGAGGAUACUGCACAUGCGCAUUCGUCACCACUAGUGGCGAAUUCAUGGCAUGCGUGACUGUUUCAGCAUUAGGCUACGGCUUAGUCAUCUUAUCCCUGCGAGUGACUGUCGUCCGAUAUUUUCCCAGGAACUACUUCAUUGCUGCCAGCAUUAUGUUGAGUGGUGGUGGGGUUGGAAUGAUGGUCCUACCCCCUCUUACAGAGUUCCUGACAAAUGCUUACGGAUGGAGAGGCACACUCCUGUUGAUAGGUGGCAUUAACCUCCAAACCAUGGUAGCCGGUGCCCUCCUACGCCCCAUCCCUACCGGCCACACCCAGGAAUCUACCCCCUUGACAUCCCGGUCAUCUACCAGCAAUGGUGCAAGUUACUUGAGGCGAUCUUCUGACGACGAGAACGAAAACACUCCUUCAUCCGCCAAGUCUAGUCGAAAAUCUGCUAAAAUCUCAAAGAAAUCGACAAGGAGUGAGGAUGAACCAGGAACGAGCGCAUCAAGCGGUCAGUUUGAGGACUCGGUGGAGGCGGAUAAAUCCUGUUCCAUUUGGAGGACUGUCAAAUACGGAUUUCAAAAGUUGCAAGAGAUUCUGGAUUUCAGGAUAUUCUGUGACUUCCCUCUGUUUUCUCUAGCCAUUGUGGCUAUUUUCCUUCAUGGUAUUACUUACACUGGUUGGAUCCUUUUCCUGGUGCCAAACGCCAGAGCGAAGGGAUGUUCACCUUACUUGGCCGUUUCACUUGCAACGAUAGGGGGUGCUUUUAACGUUGUCGGUCGGCUCUCUGUCGGGUUUAUUCUACAGAUCACCAAAGGUUGUGUAACUCCAUCAGAUGUCUUCGCCUUUACAUUGAUGAUGAGCGCCAUCGCCUUCUGCAUCAACCCUGUCGCCAAUGGGUUCGGGGUACUCGCCCUCGCUGCCGUCAUCAACGGUCUAUCGAACGGGGCGAAGACCGUGCUCGUCACCCUCGUCAGUCGCUCGGCUGUUUCAGCCGAACGUUUUCCGACGGCUCUGUCUUUCGCAAUGUUUGUCCGGGGGUUUUCGGAACCGCUCGGAGGACUGUUAACAGGUUGGAUAUAUGACAGGACAUUAUCAUACGACCAGGCUUUCUUGGUGUUAGGUGGGCUUGACGCAUGUGGGUUUGUCUUUAUGGUGUUUGCAAAAUGUGUACAAUGUCGAACGACGUUGCAUCAAAACUGACCGUAACUAUAGCGAUUGGCUGUGAUUGGUUAGUUGGGUGUCGCAUGACAUGCGAUAGCAGUUUAUAUUGGAUCACCUUAAAGUACUAUAUAACUUCGACUUCGCCACGCAAUAUGGAUUCCACAUGAUCAAGGUUUUGUUUGAAUAUUAUUGCUAUGGGAUUAGGCUUUUUCUUCGGUGUAAAGAAAUUAUACUUGUCAUUUCUAUGCUUGACAUUUUUAUUUAAAAAAAUAAAACACACCUCACUUAUUUUAUCAAUAAUUCUAUACAUUUUUCCUCGAUUCAAUGAAAGAAAAUGUAUUGUGUUUAUAUUUAGAUUAUCAUCAUGGUCAUUAAGUCAUUUUUUCUUGUUUUACCUGAUAAAUGUUGUAAUAUAUUUGAAUGGUAAGUCUUUACCAUGACUAGGCUUUAUUCAACAUAAUCAUGAAAAUUAUUAAAUAAUAAAUUUUCGUGUUCUUUCAAUUCAGCAUUCGGUCUUAGUUAAAGCCUGUGUAUAGCUUUGGUAAAGGGUCAAUAAUGUGAUUGAUAAUCGAAUAUCAUCUAAUAUGACAGUCUUACUGAAGCGUAUAUAGAGACCGUUGGAUAUUUUUCCGACUGCACUUCUCUGAGAAAAUUUCAAAUAUUCAAAUCUUGGAUAUAUAGCGCCCUCUCUCGGCGAUGCUUGUUU